AGUUCUGUGGACACAAUAAACCUGGAAAAGCUCAUGUGCUGUUUUGUGAUAUUCUACCAUAAAGGGAGCCUUUCACGGAUUUUUAUUCUGCCGGAUUUCACAGAUACAUCGGACACUUUGAAUCGCUGAAGCUUGUGUUGUACAUGAAAUAGGAAGAGAACAGAGAGAAAGAACAUGCACUAUGUAAACGGUGCCAGACCAAUGGCAGCUUCGACAAAGAACAUGAUUUGUUUCAGUUUGAAACACCGCCUCCGGAGCAUAUCAGCGCUGUUACGCGCGUAGAUCCCCGGUCACCUGUUGAAGUUUCCGGAUGCACGCCGAGCUGUUCCACGUUUUACUUCAUAACUGGAGAAUCGACUUGAACAGCGCGGUGACAGAUGAUCGAUCCGCCCUCCCGUCUGUAUGAUGCACUGAUUCCCCGCCAUGCUGUAGGAUGAGCUCUGAUCUGGAGAGCGUUUCGCUCAACACACCGCUCAACUCCGCCGGCUCAGGCGGCCGGGUGCUCUCUGCAAACGUCCGGAGGCUCCACAACGCUCUGAACCUGCUGCUCAGCGGCCCGGAGAGAGAGCAGUUCAUCCACUGCCUCAAUGUGUACCACGCCAAGCGCAACGUCUUCGACCUGGUCCAAACUCUCAAAGUGAUUCUCAACACGAGCAGCAAACGCCAGCUACUGCCCAUGUUGCGCCUGGUCAUCCCGAGGUCCGACCAGCUGCUGUUCGACCAGUACACGUCCGAGGGACUCUACCUGAAGACAGAGUUGCUACCCAGCAACGGCAGCUCGGAGAGCGACUCAACUCUGCAGAAAUAUGUCAGCUCCAUCCAGGAGCAGCCCCCCCAGUCCGGCAGUUCGGACGGAUUCAGCGCUGCCGCGGAGCUGUCGGCUUGCCUGGCCGCGCCGUUCUGCGAGGGUCCAUUUGGAGAAGUGCGCAAAGUCCUGCUGACACGCACCAGGAGCCACGAGGGUCUGGGCUUCAGUAUCCGCGGUGGUUCGGAGCACGGCGUGGGCAUCUACGUGUCCCUUGUGGAGCCGGGCUCCUCGGCCGAGAGAGAAGGACUGAGGAUCGGGGACCAGAUAGUGACCGUGAACGACUUGAUGUUUGACCGUGUGUCUCACAUAGAGGCGGUGCAGGUGCUCAAGGGGUGCAAGAAGCUGGCCAUUACAGUGUGUUCCAUGGGUCGGAUUCCUGGAGGCUACAUCACCAACCAUGUGUACAGCUGGGUGGACCCUGAGGGCCGGAACGUCUCCCCACCGCCCGACAGCCAUGAGACCAACCAGAGGCAAGGACAGGGCAUGGAAGAGAGGACGGUUAUUCUUAAUAUGGACGAUGGUCGCUCUCUGGGCCUGAUGAUCAGAGGUGGAGCAGAGUAUGGACUGGGGAUCUACAUCACUGGAGUGGACCCCGGAUCUGCUGCAGAUGCCUGUGCUCUAAAGGUGGGUGACCAGAUCCUAGAAGUCAACGGACAGAGCUUUGUAACCAUCUCCCACGAUGAGGCAGUUCACAUCCUCAAAACAGGACGCCACCUGCUGGUGAGAGUUAGGGAUGUAGGUCGUCUGCCUCAUGCGCGCACGGUGGUGGAUGAGACCAAAUGGAUCUGCAGUCAGGCCAUAGCUGAGACCAAUGCUACAGCUAACUCAAGUUCCCUCACAAACUCCAAUGGCAAUGCCGGCAUCAACGUCAGUGCCUGCAGUUCAAGGCCAUCCUCUGCCAAAGCUACACUUAUAUUGGGAAAGCAGCCUGCAGUAUACAGAGGUGUGGGCCCUCCAGGGGCUCAGGUGUCUCUGGAGCAGCAAGCCUACAUGCUGCUGACGGACCCAGAGAGGCAGACUAUGGUCUACUACCUGCAGGAGUACCAGGAGGGACACAUAGGUGUGGAGCCACUCACCAUGGCUCUGUUUGAGCUUUUUAACACACAUGCAAAGCUGUCCAUGCUGUCAGAGGUGAGAAGUCUGGUGGCUCCCCAGGACCUGGAGCUGUACGACAGGCUGGUGUUGCAUCGAGAGAGGGAAGCCCACCAGGCCUUGCAUGGAGGUCCGGGGGUCCUGCAUCCACAGGGCCAGUGCAAUCAGAUUGCACGGCACACCCACCCUGCUAUGAAUGACGGCUGUGUUGCUGGCUUGGCAGAAAACGACCAUGAGGACAAUACUAAUGCCUUACAAAACAUGACAAUGGCUAAAAUGCGUGCUUCAGGUGAAUCUCCUACAUUAUUAAGAGCUACCCCCCCCCAGGCUUACGGCAGCCUGUCCAGUGAGAAGGAGCCCAGCAGGAAGCCUUCAGCCCGCCGGGUGCAGCUCGUGUCCAGCCCACUUCUCACUCGCCCAACACGGCUGCUCCAGGACUGCCUCCACAGGUCCCUCAAAUCCCUUCCCACCACCCACCAGUCUUUAGCCCCCUCUGCCCACCACACCUGUGCUGAUGCCAGCCACCACACUUCCCUCAAUGCACUCCAUCACACAUGCCAGAGUUACCUUCAAAUAUCUGACUCUGAACACUACAACCACUCCAACAGCCGACAUAGCUCCAGACACCACACCUGCCCCGGCUUCCUGCAGCACCGGCAGCCCUCAGGCUCUGCUCAGCCAGAGGCAUCUGUCAAGAUGGCUGGCAGAUCCAGCUCCUAUGAGAAGUCCUCCUACUUUGCAAAGUCUGCUUCCUCUUCCAAAGCUGCUUCUCCCAUGCAAUCCCCUCAUCUAUCACCCCACCCCUCACCAUGCCCUUCCCCCUGCCCCUCCCUCAUCCCACCUGCUGCUCCAACCUAUAGUCCUGACCGACCCUGCUCUCCUGCCCUCACCCACAAAGUCAUCAUUACAGACAUGAACCGGCUGUCUGCAGACUGCAGAACACAGCAAAGAGGGGCCACACUCUCCCAGCUGUCAGACAGUGGCCAGACUCUAAGUGAGGACAGUGGGGUGGACAUCGCCGAGGCAGGGGGCCUCAGUAAGGACGGCAGCCCACGACCGAGCAAGAACACGCAAUGCCAUCUUGAAAAGCCAGGGGCCCAUGCACCCCCUCCAGGAACCAGACAGUCCGGCUCACCCAUGCCAGUGCCGAACGCUACCCUGGUACGAGUGGUUAAGAAUUCCAACACCCUUGGCAUCGCUAUAGAGGGGGGAGCUAAUACACGGCAACCUUUGCCGCGCAUAGUCACCAUUCAGAAAGGAGGCUCAGCUGAUAACUGUGCGCAGCUGAAAGAGGGUCAGGUCAUCCUCGAGGUCAACGGCGUUUCCCUGAGAGGGCGGGAGCACAAGGAUGCUGCUCAGAUCAUCGCCGAGGCCUUCAAGACCAAAGAGAAGGACCACAUCGACUUCCUGGUAGUGGAUCCAGGAUUCUUGUAUUAGGACUUAGCACUUUAAAAAGACACAAUCUCACUGCUUUCAGUAUCAACAUGAUGUUGUCCAAUGAUCAUGGCCUCGUUUUUUUUUUUUCAGGGAAAAGGUUUGUUGGAAAGCUUUUAGUUUAUUGCACUACAGCAAAAGGAUAUUACAUUAAUAUUGGCAAACAGUCACAUGUCCAGCAAAUGUUUGUGUGUUAGUUUUCAACACGGUAAUUGUCUGUUCACCAGGAGGAUGAAAUGAGACUUGAUAGUGUGGUUGCCACACAAACUAAUAUUGGACACAGUUAUUAUAUUAUACAGUAUUAUAUUGUAAUAAAUGAUAUGUUAUUGUAUUAUUUUAUGGUAUAUUUUGUGAUAUUAUAUGAUAGGAUAUUAUAUAUUAUAUUAUAUUAUAUUAUAUUAUAUUGUUUUAUCUGGGGAGGCUGAGCUGCUCUGGCUGAAAUAGCUAGGAUGUUAUCUAAAUAACAUUUUUACUCACUAAGUACCUUUUCACAUACACAUCAAUGUCACUAAACAGUACGGCCAUACUGUAACUCCCACGAUGAAAUGCUGUGACCUUUGAGCGGAAACACUCACCCAGACAUAUUGAACAUGUUGAACAGUUAAGUCAGAUAAGCAUUACUUUAUUUAGAAAUAAAACCAGAGGUGAGCACACCAAAAACAACGACCAAACAUCCUUCCAGCUAAAUUGUAGGUGUGAUUCUGAAACCUGUUUUCAUAUCUCAUCCAGCAUAAUGUUGCAAGGUGAACUGAUAAAAUGACAUUGUCAGUUUAUUAGGUGUAUAAAUAAACUCAUCAGUUUUGGACAACCAAACAUCCUCAUAGAGAUUGAUAUAUUAGAAGCUCCUUGACAUUCAGUAGUGCUUCAGUAUUUCCGUUUUGUUUCAUUUCAUUAGUAUUUUUAAAGAUUCACAUAUGCACUUCAAAGCUAAAACAUCAAUGAUAUGAUAGUUUGUAUAUAGUGUAAAUUGAUCUUACCAUAUACAACUUUUGAUAAUAUCAAAUAGUUUAUGAUAGAAGAUCAUUUCACAUUUCCCAAUAUGCUAUACUGCAUUACUCCUAUUUUACUUUAUGUGUACUAAAAAUAGAUUGCAGUGCAGGAUGUUCCAUGUUUUAAAUGAAACCUGUUUUAAUCCACCUACACAGUGUCUAUGAAGGUCACAUAGGAUUGAUGGGGACUGAGACACUGAAUCAGUGAGCUGCUAAUGCACUGUACAGCAAGCUCUCAUCGCACUGGGUAUUCUAUCAGAAUCAAUUCAGAGUGUGCACACCAUAAGGACCAGAGCAUAAUGUCAGGUCCUUAUUCUGAUUUGUACAGAAAGCAUGAGCAACUCAUGAAGCCAUAAAUCCUCUGUCGGAGCAAUUUGACAUGAGACAUGAGAGACAGUCAUAUAAACCCUACAGAGCAUCAGCUCACGGUAACGCUGUCUGUCUGAGGGGGCGGGUGUCGACAUGUGUUGUUCACAAUAGGCGACCUCCAAUGCUGAAAAAUGAAACUGACAGAAUUGAAAAAAUAAUAAUUGACCUUUUGAAAUCGAUGUCAUCAGGGUAAUCAGUGUGGGAUUGGAGACUACACAUCCAUGGAAAAUGAUUUAUUCCAACUAAAACAUGCUAUCGCUAGCCUUUUGGGAAAUAAAGAAUCUGGUGUUUUUGGACCAACACUCAGGAACGCCUGUUCACUACAAUUUGAAGUCAAAGUUCGAACUGAUGUAAGAAGAAGAAGAAGAAGAAGACAUACUUUAUUAACUCCGGAGAACCAAAUGAACGCCCUGCAGCGGAUGCACCAGGAGCAUGAUGUUAGCAGAGUGGUGGUGGGGAAACUCUGCUUUCAACAGAGCAGUCAGAACUUCUACUUGAAAAUUAUUUUUGAAUAUGUUGGAUUUACAACUGCAUCCAAACUGCAAUAUGUUCCGGUUCAUUUGGUAGAACCAUUCAUCUGAAUAGAGACAGUAGUAGUACAUCACACAUGUAUUUUGAGAAGAUUCUAUUUACAAUGGUUGCAUUAUAUUUUUGUAAUCCAAUGACAUAAUCCUACUCAGUGAGAUAGUAGGAGUUUAGUGAUAUAAUGUAUGAGUAAUGCAUCAUUUAAGGCUCUGGAUUCAAAGAUGAAGUGUUGGGGAGAAUAUUGUACUAUUGAAUAAUGUUUAAAUGAGUUGUGUUUGAAUAUCAUGUGUUCAAAAAGGAUUUAUCAUGUACAAAAAGCUGCACAUAGAUUUAUAGAGAUGUACUGUAUAUUCAGUAAAUGGGGAGACUUUUUGUUCAUGUAACCCCUCUGUGGCUGACAAGCUGCAUCUCUUGUUUCUCUCCUUCGCAUAUCCUGUUGCCACAUCAUAUCCUCCUGAACAAUCACCAUGCUCUUAUUUGUCAAAUUGCCCAAAAAAAGAAUUCUACACAUUCCCCCAUUAGAUUUCCUAAGGACAAUAAAAAACGUUUGAUAAAACCAAAGUAUAUAUACGUCUUGUUGCAUAUUUGGCACAAUAUUAUGGUCAAUUAUUUGUUUGGAGUUUUUUAUUAGGUAAUAUUGAUUUAUUUGAGACGACUGAACAAGUGAUGAUGGGCUGACCCACCAAUACAUAUACAGUAUGAUCUACUAACGACGAGUAUGGGGAGA